UUUCUAUUGCGUUAUACUGACGGGUGUUUCUAUUAUUGUGUCCACCCCAUUUAUAUGAAUGAGGACAGGCUACAUAUAUAAAAACUCACCUUAAAAGUUGGCAGUACUCCAGCUUUUUUUUUAUUUUCAAACUGUUCCCCUCCUGCUGAUCCUUUCUUGCAGAGUUCCCCGUAGUGAAUUGUCAAUGAAUGGUCUAUUAGUGACUGUCGGGAACUCUGAACUAUUAAAAGAAGGAAAUGUGAGUCAUUGUGAGUGUUACAAAGCACCUUUAAAUGUAGAACUACUUUUCUGUUUCCUGUUCCCCGAGAUCAAAACCCCUCAAAUCCAUCGUAUAAUAAAUCUACAAUAUCAUUAAAAGGACCACUCAAAUAAUCUUAGCGUAACAACUAUGAAGCACUCUCACACAAUGGUAGAGAAUCGGUCUCCAUUGAAGUGGAUUUGUGCAAACUGACUUGAAUAAAGAACAGAUAAUGAUCCCUUUGCUGAAAUGAUGCCUUUAUGCUACUGGCAACCAAUGACCCUGAGUGGCACUUAUACAGAGAGCAACGAAAUCCACCUUUGUAGAAUAAAAGGACAUUUUAAGGUAUUGAAAUGUGACUCAAAUAAAGUAAAUACUUUACUUCAACCCCCUAUAUUGGCAUUAAUAGACAGUAUAUAAAGUUUCAGAAAUGGUUUUUAACAUCUAAAUGUUAAUUGAUGUAUUUGUAACUAACUCCUGUAGUCACUCAUAAGUAGAGGCUGCUGUAUAGACGGAUAAAGAACUACAGUAUUGUAAAACACAGUUGUAAAAGGAGACAAAUAAUAUGAGUAUUAUUUCUUCAUAAAACUAUGGUGUGUUAAAACAUUUAUUAAAAGUUUAUAAUGCCCAUAAAUGCUAAAAAUAAUAAUAUUAGCUAGAUAGAACAAAUGUCUUAACAAUUGUUUUAGAUUUAUUUGCAAUUAAAAGUCAACAUAAGACAAAAACAGAGCAAGCCUGUCACAUGACAUUUAGAAAACAUAAGACGCAGUAACAGUGAUGCAAUGUAGCUAUAAGCUGAUUUAGCUCGUUUGUGAAGUGUUAACUGCAGACAAAGGUUGGUUCUUACAGUCUAAAGGCAUCGUAGUGAAAUGUACAAGAAAGAGGAAAGUGUUGACUGUAAGUAACUGAGGAACAAACAACAUUAUUUAAAACAUAUGAAAGAGGGAGCCAUGCAUUCAAUACCAAUACUAGAAUAAGGCAGGAACAACAACUGCUCGGUGUCGAUGUUGCAGCUCUCAUGUCCGUCCACCGUGAGAGUUUGAAGCAGUCAGAGUAGAGGCCGUUCACUGACUUUACCAAGAAUGAAACUGCCCAACACAGACAUGAUUCUAACUGCCAAGAUAACAAGUGACAAUAAGACAAUCGUUUAAAGCACUUAAAUGCAUUUAUUAGCUGGUAAGACGACAUUUCCUACAUCUAUCUUAUGUGCGUGUUUAUUGACGUGUGAGCGUGUGUGUUAUCCAUCCGAUGUGUCUCAGUGUUGUGCUUUUUUUGUGUAGUUCUAAAUGAUGAAGUGUGAGCCUGAAAGCUCUUUUGUUUCUGUGAGUGGGUUACUGGGGCUUGAGUCGCUCCACGGUGAACCUGUGAAUGAUUAUGUUUCAUAUUUAGCUCCACUAUCAUUCCCAUGUUCUUUGUCAAACUUCAGCUGAUGCCAUUAGAGCUCCUGGUGCGUUCGAUCAAGGCGACCAUGGCCACGUGAACGCUCAAACCAAUUAUGGCCCCUGGCAGCGGCUUACGAUCAGGCUCAUCUUGUGUAGAGGGAUUUCUGCAAAUUGGAUCAGGCCGCUUACAGGGACUUAGCAUGACGUACUGCAACUUUGAGUUUAAUCAUGAGGAUCCUCGGCAAUCCUCCGCCUCUCCUGGAGAACGGAACAUCACGAUUAGCCUCACCUGUGUGUUAAGGAAGACAAAAAACGGUACAAGUUUUGGGAAAUAAAGCCGUUUGUAAUUUUAAGUUUCUGUCACAAUGGGAGAGGAGAUAGUUUUCAAGAAAUAACACUCCUGCGCUGCUCCCCGGGUCCUCCUGGGUUCUUUAUCUCUGUUGUUCUUGCUGUGGGAUGGAUCACAGGCUGAGCUGACUCUCCUGUCCCGUUGGACCAGCCAGAGGAGACUCUGACAGCAAAGAGACCGGGAAACAGGAACAUCUCGGAGCUCCUGCCGUUCUAGAUUAUCAGUCGGCUCAUCUUCACGGGCGAACACAAAUCUCAGGUUGAACAAUGGCGUUGAUGUUGAUCAAGUUUGACCUGAAGAAGCGAGUGAAGCUCGCCCAGACGGUCUGGUUCAUGUACUGGUUCGCUGUAAUGGCCAGCGUGCUGGUCUUCAGCAUGGGCCUGUUCUUUAAGAUCGAGCUGCGGAAGCGCUCAGAACUUAUGGACAACAACGAGAGCCACUUCCUGCCCAACCUGCUCAUAUUUAUGGGUCUAGUGGCCUGCGGCAUCAACGCCUUCGGAGGCAAAGUCUGCUACGACUCACUGGACCCGAGCAAGUUUGUAAAGUGGAAGCCCAUGUUGAAGGGCUUUUUGUUUUGCUGCGUGGGGUUCAACGCCCUGCUGCUGGUGACGGCCCUGCUGUGUUUCUUAAUGAGGAUCCCUCUGCAGUUCACCCUGGCCGAGGGGCUGAAGAACGGCAUGAGGUACUACAAGGACACGGACACGCCGGGACGCUGCUACAUGAAGAGGACCCUGGACCUGAUGCAGAUAGAGUUUCGUUGCUGCGGAAAUGACAACUACAGAGAUUGGUUUGAGAUUCAGUGGGUUAGCAACCGCUACCUGGACUUCAGCGCGAAGGAAGUCAAAGACCGCAUUGGGAGCAACGUGGACGGCCAGUAUCUGAUGGACGGAGUCCCGUUCAGCUGCUGCAACCCCAGCUCCCCCAGACCCUGCAUCCAGCUCCAGAUGACCAACAACUCUGCAUACUACAGCUACGACCACCACACGGAGGAGCUCAACGUGUGGAAGCGCGGCUGCCGCUAUGCCAUGCUGUCCUACUACGGAGGCAUGAUGAACACCAUCGGAAUCCUGGUGGUGCUGGUCACGAUGCUGGAGGUCGCCGUGACCAUCGGCCUGCAGUACAUCGACAGCUCCCUGUCCACGCUGGUUAACCCGGAGGACCCGGAGAGCGAGAGCGAGGGCUGGAUCCUGGAGAAGACGGUGAAGGAGACGUUCACCGACAUCAUGGACAAAAUGAAGUCCGUGGGUAAAGGCACCAAGGUGGAGGAGGGGGGCGAGGCAGCUGUCGCCACGGUGAGCUGAGCUGACCCCUCCUGCAAAAAACUGACAUCACUCCCACCUGAAGAGGAGAGGAAGGGGACGUGUGAGAUCACUACAUUUUUCUCCCAACUCUUAUUAUGUAGACACACACACAUGUUCAGCUGUGAAUGGACUCCUUUCAAAUGGACUCCUUGCAUAAUUAAUUAUAAGCUGUAUAUUCACACAUAGCGAGAGAUAAUGUGUAGGCUGAGUUAAGUUAUGGUUCGUCAUUUUGGGUUUUUCCCCAACCAAACACAUCCGUCUCGUCUUUGCUUCACAGCAUACUUUUGAAGAGAUUUACUGUUUUGGUUCCCAACACUCGGUGGGGUUUGGAUCUUUAAAAAAAAAAAAAAAAUUAUAAUUCAAGUAAAUGUGAUAUGUAUUGAUAAAUGUCAGAUGCUUGGCAAUCACAAGUAAAGAUGUAAUUUUUUUCCCGUUGUGUUGUUUGUCGGAUAGUUUGGCGGGGAUGGUGGUUGCUAUGCAACCCCCCCUCUCAUGGAAGAUGAUACUUACAGCACAAAAAACAUUUUUAUUUUUAAUUUUGUUGACCGGUCUAUAGUACUUUGGCUUGUAGCUGAUACCGUUCAUAGACAAAGCAAACAAAUUAAACCCUCCACGCAGCUCUUUUUUAUACUCCAGUCCACCUUUGUCCACAACGAGGACUGGAUAAGCUCCUGAGAUGUAGUCAAAUUAUGAAUUGAAUGACUCGACAUGAAUUAUGCAUGAAUGUUGCGGCACAUGGUCGGAGAGUGUGGCAUGGGAACGUGGAUUUGAGCCCUGUAGAGAGGCAGGGACAACUCCAAACCUGUGGAGGAUGACUGAAAUUGGCAGCUAAAUCUUGGCUCCUGACCCCUGUACUGUAAUCUCAGAUCCUCUUUGGUGUUUCCCUUCAGUAUCUGUAUAUUGACACACAUGUAUGUAUAUUCCAACACUGGGUUGCUGUCUUUGUACAUAGUGUAGAAAGGAUGACAGAGGUUCACUUUUUUUAAAGAAAUAUAAUGUAAUUAAGCAAAAUAUUUUAUUUAAAUCCAU